AUGACGCAUCCUAAGAGUCUGACAAACAUCACGCCGCCGACGAUCGUGGUCAUUGAAGAAGGCGUCGAUCCUAGGAUGCUCCCGAUCAGUAUAACCGCACUAGACGACGCCGUAUCUCUUGUCCACAUCCCGAUUUCCGCCGAGGGAGAAGAGGACGAACAACUAUCUAGGGUAUACUGGACGAUUGAGCAAGCCAUCUCAGAAUCAGAAGAGUUCUUCAAUAUCACGAGCAACAGGAUCGAGGUAGCGAUCUUUGCGGCUAAAGAGCUGAUCUCGCGCGAAUGGGCCGCUGCGGCCGAGGGGCACACAGACGUCCGGAUGAGCGAAGGCUGGAAGGUUUUUGAGAUCAACUCGGGGGAUGUAGGGGAUGAUAAUUCUGGCAAUUACGACUCCCCGCAUCUCCGCUACGUCUCUGCGCCGCUCGCCAAAGCAGGCAUCUCGAUCCUCUACCAGUCGAGCUAUCACGCCGACUUUCUCAUGGUAAAAGAGGCGGACUUUGAGCUGGCCUCGGACAUCUUUGCAGCGCACGGUUGGACGAUCAACGCCACCUCCAACCCUUCACCCCGUCAUUCCCUCUCCUCACCUAUCCCCUCUGCCCCGCCCACCCCCUCGACCCCCCGGCCCCGCUCAGCCCUCUCCAACACCGCCCCAUACUCCACCCCGCCACUCACCGCUAUCAACCCCACGACCGGCCACCCGUCCUCUCCUCCAGGGCACCUGACCACACCCCUCCCCUCCCCACUUGCCUUCGUGGGUUUCCACCGCUCCUCCCCAAACUUCCAGCUCCAUACCGGCUUGGUCCAGAAAUACCUUACAUGGCCACUCCGGUGUCGGACGCAAUACGUCACUCCGCCCACUCCGUCUCUUGCCUCUUCGCCAAACGGAGGAAUCGCAGAGCGCCCAUUCAUCUCUUAUACGCGGACGCAAGACGGUGCGAGUCUUGUGACGGAGGUCAAGGUCAUCCGGGGGAUGUUUCGGGGAUUGGAAGAGGGCAUGAUGUGUGGGGAUGAGAUGGGUGAGGGGGAAGAGGGGUCAGGGUCGGAUGUGGGGUGGAGCACUGAGGAUGAGGGUGUGUCGGGGGAUGAGGGCGGCGGCGGGUCGGAGACGGAGCGGGAUAGCGGUACGGAUGUGGACGAAGGGCAGGAGGAGGAUCAGGAUACGCCACGAGCGAGCCCAUACCCUCCAAGGAAGGAGCAUCCCGGCUCGACAUCGCCCGGAGGGUACUUUGUACUCCCUGCUCCAGGCCCUGCUCGCCGACGCCCCGCCCCGCUCCUCAGCCAUCAACAGCUCCACCGUCCUCCUUUCAGUGACGACGCCGACCGGCCGAGGCCGCGACACCGCAAAACCCAAUCCGUACCCGCCACCCCUGGCCCACUCGAGCUCGAAGCGGGCUUUGAAUUAGCGUCCCCAGAAUCCGCAGGACGGAGAGUGGCCAAGCGUCGCUCGACGCCAGGAAGGGGGUUGUCACUGGAGGGCCAUGUCAGAGGAGGUGCGAGCCGCAAGCUCGGGCCAGAAGAGAGAAAGGAGAGAGAGGAGCAGCGGAAGAAGGGGAGGAAGAUCUGUAUACAGCUGGAUAUGAGUGGGGUGGGGGUGCAAGAGAAUGGGAGCACGGUGUAUCAUCUGGACAAGUCGGGACUGGUGACACGGUUCAGUACGCUUCUGCAGCAGGCCAAUAUCCGGAUGCUCUACUCGUCGACAUUCCAUACGGCCAAUAUCCUCGUCGAGGCCAAGGACGUCCGGACGGCGAGGAGGCUACUUGCGGGGAUAAAGUAA